AUGGAUAAGUUACACAAGGUGCUGGAUUUCUGCAUCUGCCACCAGACCGUUCUGGGUUACAGCAUUGUGUCCCUGAUGACAGCUGCCAGCGAGCACAUCUUCUCCACUGUGGUGUUCAAGUGUCCCUGCGAUUCUAACAACAUGCUGUGUGGCUCUGUCUUCCUCCUAGUGCCUGACUUCAUCCUCUUUCUGCUUGGCUACAUGGUGAAUGCCAGGAUGUGGCGCCUGCUGACAGGCAGCUGCCCUUCGGAGGAGCGCUGCAGCUGCAGCCCCCAGGGGACCUGCACCCACUACUGCCACGUCUUGGUGCCGGACAGAGCCGCGGUGGCCCUCCUCACCUGGAUCGCGGUGGCCCUGCUCGGAGCCAGCUUCUACAAAUGCGCGGCCAGCGGGAGCGACACGAUAAGAAACUUCAUGUGUAAAGAUAAAAAAGACUGCCCCAGGAUGCUGGUCAAAAUACCCUGCAACGAGACGGCAUUGAGCAAGAAACCGAAUGAAUUCCCCAACCUUCAGGCACAGUCCCAGAUGAUAGGAUGGCUUCUGAUAGCCAGCAUCAUGACUGUGGCACUGAUUUCAACAUGUGUCAGCCGCUGUUACUCCCCAGUUAGCUAUCUUCAGCUCAAGUUCUGGAAAAUUUACUUGAACAAGGAACAGGAGGUCUUUGAGAGCAAGGCUAAAGAGCAUGCAGCCAGGCUGGCAGAAAUAAAUACAAAUUGCUUUUUUGAAGCCACUGACCCAGCACCGUUUCAGACUCCCAGCAAUGAAGACUGGCGGAAGAUUUCGUGCUUGUAUACCUUCGAUUCACAAGAGCAGUAUUACAGCAUGAUACACAAGUACGUUAACACAAACAGAGGCAAUAGCGUCAGAUUCGGGCAAGGAGGUCAGAAUCCCCUCAGUUUAGGAUUUGUGGAUGAAACAAACGCAAGCGAAUCAGGGUUUUAA